CUUUUUUUUUUUUUCUCUAUCUAUCAAACAGCAAAUGCAUUAUAAAAUUUGCAGUUUGUUUCAUCAUAUAUCUUUUUUUGUGCUUUUGAUUUUCAUGUCUAACGAUAUAUUUAGCUCCUUAUCAGGAAUCCAUGCUUGUUUUCAGAAUCAGGAACUGCUUAGAGAUAUGUGUUCAGAAGUCUUCAUUUUCUUCAACAUUUUGAUGACAUUCACAUUCAUGAAAUCUUCAAAAAGUACAUGAUCCAAGAAACACAUGAUCCCAGAGAUCCUCUGUUAAAGUUACCAAUCUACGCCGACCAAAGAGACAUUCCUUCUUCAAGAAACACCAGCCAUGUGCAUUGCCCGUGUGCAUCUGUUUUUAUAAUCUGUUCAAACUCUGAAUCCCUUUUCACCAGGGGAGAUAUUGCGUAAAAGGACAUUAACAUCUCUGAAUCUGGAAUAAGUGGAGUUGUCAUUUACAGCUUAUUUAUUUUUCAUAUCUAGGUUGUCUGCUGCUGGAAGAAAACCUGAUUGUGCCUCUCGAGGCAUUUGCUUCCUAUACCUCCAUCAUUAUCGUCUAUGGCGUCGUGCCACGUGUGACAAACACCGACACACUGUAUUAGCCUACGGGAUUAGUACACACCAUCUGUCAUUCUUAACGGCACCGUAACCCCAACUUGCCUAACUCAUUCUCAUGUGCAUGGCUGCACGCUCGUUUCCAAGGCCCCAUGAGCAUUCAUGUGCCCUCAAACCAACCUAUCAACUCCAGUCACGUGUUUGUUAGCAGACACAUUUCCAUUUCCCCUUAUAGCUCUCCUGAAAUUGAUUGGUUUUCUUCAAUAAUUGAACCCCCUCUCUCUCCUACUCCCCAUGAGAGAGAGAGAGAGAGAAAGAGGGAUUGUGCAUCUGCGUGCUAGCUUUCUUGAUGAAGGCUCAAGGCAAUUGGUUAUGGAGAAAGGAUGGAAGCCUGGUGUGGAGAUAUCACCAACUUGUCCAAGGUGUGGUUCUUCGAAUACUAAAUUCUGUUAUUACAACAAUUAUAGCUUAACACAACCAAGGUACUUCUGCAAAGGCUGUAGAAGAUAUUGGACUAAAGGAGGGUCACUUAGGAAAGUUCCGGUUGGAGGUGGCUGCCGGAAAAACAGAAGAGGCAAGUCUUUAAGGCUACCAAACGAUGGUGUCCCCUCAAAGAGUUUGUCAUGUGGAGUAGUUCCAACUGACUCAAUUAGGCAUUCCUAUGGUAAUCAAGUAAGUGCCUCUGCUGACUCUGAUGGCUCUCAUAUCGAUCUGGCACUCGUUUAUGCAAACUUCUUGAAUAAUCAACAACCAGAAAACAAGUCUGGUAUUGAAGUGCCAGAGUUGCCUAGUGAGUUUGAUCCAUCUCUGGAGUUUUCAAGUUUAUCGAACACAAAUAUCGAUUCAAGUACUCAGCAACCAGAAGAAAAUGGUCUCAUCGGGUGCCUCACUCGCUCUAAUUUGUCCACAGAAAAUCAGUUGAGCAACAAUGAUCAGAUAUACUAUUCUGGAUUAGAAUCAAUUUACAAGUAUCAGGAUAGAGUUCAACAUUGUACAGGUCAGGAAACAAGUAACUAUGCAUUGCCACCAUUGCCAGAUGAUGAUUUAUCGUCUCAAGAAAUACUGUGGUCGAAUUCUCAUUCCACCAUGAGUCAUGCCUUGCAAGCAACACAAGAGCCAGUUCUAGGACCUGAAACUCACGAUCCAAAUCUAUUGUUUGGUAAUUGGAGUCCAUUUGACUUGUCUAAUGACGAUAGUUUCACCAGGACUUGAGGGAAUUCAUGUGCGCACUAGCCUCUGCCAUUAUCACUGUUUCUUUUUCCCCCUACUUUUGCUUGUUUUUCUUCUAAUAUUUAUGUAUAGAAUCAAAAGAUUUGAGAUGUAAUAAUAUCAGUAUAUGAAAAAAAAAGUAUGAGUUCAAAGAUUUAAUAUAAUUAGCAGCAGAUUGACGAAGGGGCAGCUUAUGUUUUACUCCAUUUACAAACAGGUACUACACAGUUCAGAGUUUCAAGAAAUAUUAGGCUCAGUACAAAAACCAUGGCCU